AUGGACAACCAAGAAGAGCGAUCCUCCCAAUACAGGCGAGUCUUUCUCCCGCCACGAUCCGAAUACCGCUUCGAACUGGAACCGCAAGAACGUCUGUCCAUCCGUCUCGUCCAGAACCGAACACAAGCAGGCGAGGAACCCGACGCGGAGAUCUUUGGAGCUGAACUCGUCGUCGGCACUCAGGAACGAUGGUAUCCUUUUGCAGAUGAAGCCAAAGCAGCAGUCUCUUCUUGGAAAGGUGCUGAGAUCGAGAUCGCUGGAACAGCUUCCACCGAGUACCUUGCUGACGAACCCUCGCCUGUUUACACGGCUUACUCCAAUCUGCAUCUCCUUCUCGAACAAAAGAGGAUCCAGGCUCGUAAAGCGCUGAGGGCGGAUGCAAAACUGCUUUCCGCCCUGGCAGGCUCGGUCUUGGAUCCGAGCUAUAUCGCACCACGCACGCCCCAUCAGAGCACCGAGACUGAGACCGAGACCGAGACCGAGACAGAGAGCGAGUCUGAUCCAAGCGGGUCAGCUGCUUCAACCGUCUAUCGAUCAGAAGGGCAGGGCCCACGAGUGAUGGUACUAGGUCCCGAAUCUGCCGGAAAGACAAGCUUAGUCAAGCUCCUAGCCAAUUACGCCUUGCGAUCGCCAGCAGUAGCAAGCCUGGGAAAGGGCGAGGCAGGCAAAGUAGCAGAGAGCUUGCGCACAGGCGGCGAUGGAAUCAUAUACCCCAACAUGGAAGCCAAUCUGUCCGAAGAAGCAAAGAAGGAGAAAAGGCAAGAAGAGAAACGUUCUGACAUUACAGGCUGGUGGCCUGUAGUGGUCAACUUGGAUCCCAGUGACGGUGCUCCUCCUUUGCCGUGUUGUCUUUCUGCUCUUCCGCUUUCGCCGCUUCCUCUUGCAUCGCUGCCGUCACCUUCGCCUGUCUUCCCCUUCGGUACAAACACAGGUACGACAGGUGCAAUCCCACCUGGCACAUCCACCGCUCAUGGCGUCGCACCUCUCUCACUCUGGCUAGGAAAGGAGAACGUACGAGAAAACGAAAGGCAUUUCAGAAGAGUCGUCGAUUGGCUAGCUGAAGGAGUCGAACGUAGACUCGCGCGUGACUUCCGCUCCCGCAUGUCUGGUCUAUUAAUCGAUACACCUGGCGUCAUCACCUCGGAUGCUAGGAACAAGUACGCAUUCCUCCAACACUGCAUCAAAGCCUUCAAAAUCGACACCAUCGUCGUUCUCGGUCAUGAAAAGCUCAACCUCGAAAUGACCAAGAUCUUUGGCUCAGCUACCGAAACAGCAAGAAUCCCUGGCUCCGGCGGCAAACGCUUACCGCGAGCCAACGUCGUCAAACUGCCCAAGUCCGGUGGAGUCGUCGAAUUGGACGAGACCUAUCGUUCGCGCUUAAAAGCUCUUCAAGUCAAAACGUACUUCUAUGGCGGCUCCAACCCGAGCUCUUCCUCAGAAGGGGGUGUUCCAAAAGCUGUGCUCCCCGGCCAUUCGGAUCCAUUAGGCGGCAUCCCCUCUCUCUCACCAUACAGCACAACCAUCCCCUUUGAUCUACUAGAGAUCUACAAAGUUGGUCAAGAGUCUCUCGCUCCCUCUUCCGCUUUACCCAUCGGCGCAUCGCGUACAGUGACAGAGACUCAACUUGUCAAGCUGGACCCGACAAACUCAGCGGCGGACCAAACGAGCUUAUUGCACAGCGUACUUGCUUUAAUCCAGCCGCCGAGGGGUGGAGGAGGAGCUGGUCAGCCAGAUAGCUCGUCGAAUCCCACAGACGACGAAAUCAUCGGAGCACCAAUCUUGGGUUUUGUCCAUGUGGCGGAUAUCGAUACAAUGAGGAAGAAGAUUACGCUUUUGUCGCCCAGUACCGGAAGGUUGCCCAGUAAAACGGCCAUUUUGGGAAGUCUGGAUUGGCAAGAUGUGUAA